AUGGCUGCGAACAACGACAAAAGAAGUAAAAUACUGCAUACCGGUUACAUGGUUCCAUUGAACUUGAUGUUCGACAAUGAACCAUUGCAAACAGCAUUGCAGGACGUCACAUUUCGGCCAAAUGUUUAUUCCGCUGUUCUCUACUUCAAAGACAAGGAUCAAUGUAGUAUAAAUGCAUGGUAUGAUCAACGAAGAAACCAGAUAAAAACUGGUUAUAUCCGUGGGGUCUACAAACGAAAUCAUGAGGUUGUACUCGAAAUGGAUGUAGAUGGUAAAAGUUUUUAUUUGGUUGCAUCAGUGCCGUCUAGUUCACCAAUAGAAGUCAAAAAAGCGGUAAACAGUGGAGCAUUCGGUUCAAAAAUUGAAUGUGAAAGAAUAGCUGUGCCCUGUUUUGCCUACAAGUGUAGUGACGAAGGUUUUACAGAGAGUAAUGCAUUCCACAAAUACAGAGAGGAACAAAUGGAAAAACAAAAAAAAUUGUUAGAGAAUAAUCCUUCCGAUUCAUGA